UCACCCUUUGAACAACAUGUGUUUGUAAAUUCACUCCAUCGAAACAGCCCCAAAAUUGGUUGUGCCUGCCCAGAUGACCGAUGAGCAGAAGCUGAGCACGUUCAUGAAGCGACAUGGGGUGCGUGAGGAGGUGGCCCGGCAGUACCUGAGCUCCAACAACUGGUCCCUGGAGAUAGCCAGCACUACCUUCGAAUCGGAUGCGGCGGCCAAAAAGGUCGAGACCGAGAAAUCCCCGCAGGCCGAUGACAGUAACAAGGAUAUCCAGUCGCUGUUGAGCCAGCACUCCCGCAAGAGGGAGAAUGACCAGGAUGGCUACCAGGCAGGUGCCUCCGAUAGUUCCUCCGAUCACGAACCUCCGGUGGGCAAAAGGGUCAACAUCGAGAACUCCACACCGGCCAUCACCAACAACGAUAGCGAUCGAAGUUUGAGGGUCUGGGGUCAUGGCGUUCGUCUAGGCAGCGCCCAUCCCAUCAAUCCACCUCCUCGUUUUGCUGAAGAAGAUUCGGAUACGGAGCCCACCGACGAUGAGCACACCAUAGUGGUCCUUCAUCUCUGGUCGGAGGGGUUUUCCCUGGACGAUGGCUCCCUGAGGCCGUAUGCUGUGCCCGAAAACGAACGAUUUCUACGCGCCGUCUUGAGUGGAGAUUUCCCGGAGGAAAUGCUUAGGGUGCCCAGAGUUCAGCUUAGUGUUCAGGAUCACACCAACGAGUCCUUUCGCCAUCUGUCCAGGAAACAGUUCAUGGGUCCCGGUCGACCUUUAAACAGUCCUCCUUCCCGAAUAAUUGUUAGCGUUCCAAUGCCGGUGGAACCACAAACCCUUCACCUGAACGAACGGGCCGCAAUAACUACCAUACAAUUAAGGAUGGCUGAUGGAAGCCGCGUGGCAGGAAGAUUCAAUCUCACCCACAACAUUGGUGACCUCUAUCGAUAUGCUCGGCAGGCCCGUCCGGAACUCUCCGGCCGAAAUUUCGUACUGAUGACGGCGUUUCCGCGGCAGGAACUCCUCGAAUCAGACACCCGUACUCUGGACCAGGCCAAUCUCUGCAACGUGGUCGUCAUCCAGCACUUUAACGAGGAGCAGGCUGAUCCCUUGUCGAGUGAUCCUUCCGAUCAGAUUGUGAAAUAAAAGUCAGUUGAGAUGGAA